CGCCCGCGCAGGCCUCCUUCCGGCUGGGGUAGAGGCCGGGGGAGCAGCUCUGGAUGUAGGGAACUGUGUUGAGGGAACGCGCGGGCAGCUCACCCGAUAAGUGUGUGCGCGAGGCGGCUGCCGAGUCCGGAGAGAGGGGAAGUGAGCACUCCGACCUCGUCCAGCUGGGGACAGCCGGUUCCACUGGUGCUCGAGAACAUCCGCUCCCAGGGAGCCGGUUUAGGGUCUGCUGGGCCCCAGGAACAAGAGCGGACGGAUCUGCAGUGCGAGCCCGGAGAGCGGGUGAGCGCCACCCGUGGCCUUCUCGUGGAGAUCUAGUCUCGUGGGCACUGCUGGGAGUAAGCCUGAAAUCCAACCAACUCUUUACAGGCUGCGGACUUAGGAGAUGCUUGGGACAAGGAGACCACCUUCUCAGGGCAAAAGGAAAAUGAGGUGACAGUCGUUGAGACCACUGAAGGAAACCCAUGGCUAGGAUCAGUUUUUCCUAUCUCUGCCCAGCCUCCUGGUACUUCACUGUACCCACAGCGAGCCCUUUUCCCCGUCAACGGGUGGCAUUCCUAGGACUCUUCUUCAUAUCCUGCCUCCUUUUACUUAUGUUAAUCAUGGACUUUCGACAUUGGGGUGCUGCUUUACCACGAGAUAGGAAUUAUGAAAGGUAUUUGGCUAGAGUAGGGGAGCUUGAAGCUACGGACACUGAAGACCCAAAUCUAAAUUACGGCCUUGUUGUGGACUGUGGCAGCAGUGGCUCCCGGAUUUUUGUUUACUUCUGGCCAAGACAUAAUGGGAACCCCCAUGAUUUGCUGGACAUCAAACAGAUGAGAGACCGCAGCAGCCAACCAGUGGUUAAAAAAAUCAAGCCAGGAAUCUCUGCAAUGGCAGACACUCCAGAACAUGCCAGCGAUUACCUUCGUCCUCUGCUGAGCUUUGCUGCUGCUCAUGUGCCUGUGAAGAAGCACAAGGAAACCCCCCUUUACAUCCUCUGCACAGCAGGCAUGAGGCUUCUCCCUGAGAGGAAGCAGUUGGCUAUCUUGGCUGAUCUAGUGAAAGAUUUACCCCUGGAGUUUGACUUCCUCUUUUCACAGUCUCAGGCGGAAGUGAUCUCUGGGAAGCAGGAAGGGGUUUAUGCAUGGAUUGGAAUUAACUUUGUGUUGGGAAGAUUCGACCAUGAGGAUGAAUCAGAUGCUGAGGCACCCCAGGAAUUGGCGAUGGGACGCAGAAGGACAGUGGGGAUACUGGAUAUGGGAGGAGCCUCUCUCCAAAUUGCUUAUGAAGUUCCUACCUCAACCUCUGUCCUUCCUCCAAAACAGGAAGAAGCUGCAAAGGUCCUGCUGGCUGAAUUCAACCUGGGCUGUGAUGUGCAACACACCGAACAUGUGUAUAGGGUCUAUGUCACAACCUUCCUGGGUUUUGGGGGCAACUUUGCCAGGCAGCGUUAUGAAGACCUUGUGCUGAAUGAAACCCUUAACAAAAACAGGUUGCUGGGCCAGAAGACAGGUCUGAGUCCUGACAAUCCAUUCCUAGAUCCCUGCCUGCCUGUGGGGCUCACAGAUUUGGUGGCGAGGGACAGCCAGGUGCUGCAUGUCCGAGGACAAGGAGACUGGGUGGCUUGUGGGGCAUUGCUGAGGCCCCUCCUGGCUCGCUCCAACACCAGCUGGGCCUCGCUGAACGGCAUCUACCAGUCACCAAUUGACUUCAACAACAGCGAGUUCUAUGGUUUCUCUGAGUUUUUUUACUGUACAGAGGAUGUGUUGCGCAUUGGUGGCCGCUACAAUGGGCCGACAUUUGCCAAAGCUGCUCAGGAUUACUGUGGCAUGGCUUGGUCAGUACUAACUCAGAGAUUCAAGAAUGGACUUUUUUCAUCGCAUGCAGAUGAGCAUCGACUCAAAUACCAGUGUUUUAAAUCAGCUUGGAUGUACCAAGUCCUUCAUGAAGGAUUCCACUUUCCCUAUGACUACUCACACCUGCAAACAGCCCAGCUGGUAUAUGACCGAGAAGUCCAGUGGACCCUGGGAGCCAUUCUAUAUAAGACACGAUUCUUACCACUCAGGGAUCUACGGCAGGAAGGGAUCCGACAGGCCCAUAGUAACUGGCUCCGUCUCUCCUUUGUGUACAACCACUAUCUCUUCUUCGCCUGCAUUCUGGUGGUGCUACUGGCCAUCAUCCUGUACCUUCUCCGGCUACGCCGAAUUCACCACCGACAAACUCGGGCCUCAGCUCCGCUGGAUUUGCUGUGGAUCGAGGAGGUGGUGCCCAUGAUCAGGGUACAGGUGGGGCCGUGAGGCUGGACAAAGGCUGGGGAAGCUCAAUACCUCAGAGUAGCUGCCCCCUGAAUUCCACCACUACCCUGGGCUGGCCUCAGAUGCUGCUUGGCCUAACCUUGUGGAUAUUUGGCCUUGGAAUUUCUACUUUAGUAUCUCCUUUAAUUCUUUCUCAAUAUCCAGGUCCUCUUCUCUGAGAGAAGCUGUAAUUUAGUCUGUGAAGAACUAAAUAAUGAGAGAUUGGUGCUAACAAAAGGGACCAACUGUAGGCCAAUGGAAGCAUGUCUCUACUCCUUCAUCUAAGAAGUCUGGUGUGUUCCUGGAAUCUAGACUUCUCUCCCCUUGCUGAAGCAUGAAGUUUGGCAUUGGGCACACUGGAAGGCUGGUUGAAACCAAACUUGGAGCAUCUGAUACAAGGCUGAAAACAUUCUAGCAGGUGCAGCAGCACCUUGUUUCUCUGUAGCAGAGAUGACCAGUUACAUGGAGAACCACACCCUUUAAUAGGGAUCCACGAUAUUUGCAAUACAGUGGAGCAGAUGUGAAUUUCCAGGCAACCAAAACAACACAGCUUCCUUGCUUACUUGACAAAAAAGCCAUUAUGCGUGUGGUCCAAGAUCCCUGACAUAGUGUUGCUGAUGUUAGUAUGUGAUUUUGUAAGGUUAGAACCCCUUCUAAAUGAAUGGUCCACUGAAGAUUUUAAUAGUAUUUAUCUGAUGUACCUGGUAUGAUCAUGACAGAGAAUUUUUUCAUGUCUGUGUGCCUCACAGGCUGCUCGGGCAUUAAUUUUUCUGUUUGAGCCUUAGGUGUGCUUGGAGGAUGGAGAAGCUAUAAUGGGGAUCGGAGACCUGGAUUUGUCUGGAUUUGGGUCAUUGACCUCUAGGCCUAUUUUUAUGAACCCCUGAACAAGAAGAUUUAAAAAAAGUUCCUUUAUUACACUGCUAACAUCAUCAUGUAGUUUACUUACGUAUUUGGGUUACUUUUAAAGAAGGAAAGAACAGUAUCAGGACAGUGGGCAAAGACAAUAAAAUCCAAACUCUUUAUUUAUUAAUUUGUUCCCUGAAAAACAGAAAUUUUCUCAAUUGACUCUUGGAAUGUCUGAAAAGAAGCAAAUUCUAAACUUUGGAAUAAGUAGAUAAAUCUGUUAAUAAGCCACCUGGCAGUUUUCAGAAUCUUUAAGAGAUUGCUCAUUCACAAACAGCAUGUCCAUUAAUGAGGAGAGAGGAAAAGCGUGAUAAUUACAUUUUCUUCCACUGCCCUUUAGGAGCUUUGCUCUUCCAGUAUAUUUAGCCUUUAAGUUGCACAAAGAUUUCAUUUACAUCAAAUCCCACCUUCCCUCAUAGGACUGUCGUCACACAUUACCAUUCCCUGUGUGUAGCCUUGAAUGCCUGCCCAAGGAUAUGCUCCCAGAGUUGAAGUAGUUUUCUUUCCUUUUUGUUACAUUUGAUUUCUAGGGUUAGAUGAGUAGGGGAAAUGGUCCCUGGCUUUAAAGAAAAAAAAGUGUAAAGUCCAUACUGGGAGCAGAAAGGAAUGAAGUGCUGCCUAAAGCAGAGAAGAAGAAAUCAAGAUCCUCCUAUGGUGGGUAGGUGAAAGGGUAAUGAGUCUUGAAUUUGUUUCAGAUUAGAUAAAAAUGGAUCUAGCGAAGGGUCUCAACAGCUUCUGUUGGAAAUACUUUUCAUUAGGGCUUAUGUCAAAACAAUUUCCUUUAAUUUUUAAGAAUUUUAAAUUGCCUGGAUUUUCUUUGACUCCUUACCUUUGUGUCACUGUGAGUGAGCCUUGCUUUAUGAAUGCUGCUUAUAAAUAAUGUCAGAAUGUUUUUGCUAGCCCUUGCCUACUCAGGUAACUCUUUUUUCCCCUCACCUUGGUUUCCAAAUACUAGUUUUGUUUUUCUUUGAGAUCUAGCCAAUGAUUUAGUCAAAAGGUACCUAACUGCCUAACAGUGGUCACAUUUGCGUGUUCCAAAUGAAGUUGAAGCAGAGGAGGCAGUGAUCAGUCUACUAUGAAAGCUCUUUUUAGUAAAGGUAUUCUUCAUCCUGGUUAUAAUACUAGUUACCACUUGUUAAGCACUUAUUGUGUACCAGACACUCUGUUAAGAAUUUCAUUAUAUUAUUUAAUCAUCAUGACAGCCUUUCAGAUUGAUUUAUUUUUAGUUGAGAAACUCAGGAUACCUGUUUAUCAUUUAUCAAUACAAAUGUAUUCCUUAUUCUUAAUUUAUUUUAAUUAGUGUUUGAGUUUUUGUGUGUUAUAUCCUGUUUAUUAUUUUAAUAUUAUAGGAUCUAGGCUUGUCUUUGAGUAAGACUUUUCACAGUUCCAUGAUAUAAAAAUAAGGACAUACUUUUAUCAUACCCCUAGUAAAACUGAGUAUUUACUCUUCUGUGCUUCUUCCAUUGCUCCCAAUUAGUUAAUAAUUUUAAAUGAAAUUGCAUUAGCUAGAAUCAGAAGGCACUUAUUCCUUCCAGAGGGCCAAUUACUUGCAUAUAUUGCUUUCUCAUAGUGAAAUAUUUGCUUAUACAAUCAGAUAGUCUAUCUUGCCUUUAACCUUCCUUCAGCCCUCAGUUUUUAAAAGAUUUUUAAACAUUUCUUUUCUACUUGGAUUUCUGCAUUUUGAGUGGUUCCCUUGUGAAGAUAAUUAUGGUAUUAUAAAAUUCACAUUCCACUGGUUCCUUCGACUCCCCCAUCUUCUUAAUAACAGCAAAAAUGAACCUGAAUUGUUUUAGUACCUUUAUUGUUACUGAGACAGGACACAGAUGUCAAACUGUAGUCAGUGGCUGGCGGGAGUAAUGCUUUAUUAGUCUUAUGAUGGCACAACCCAUCACUUUUCUCUGAAUUCUUGUCAGUAGAACGUAAUGAAAAUGUGGAUAAUACCCAAUUGUAUGGCACUGCCUUCACUUAAGUUGCAGUUAACUCUGAGCUAAGUCAUACUAUCUUUCGCUUUGUACUUUAGCUCCUUGAAUUGAUUUUCCUUGGUCUAGAAAAUUUAGUUGCUUGCCACCAACCUUGUUUACUCUUCUGAUGUUAUCCAAAGUAUUCUGCCUCCCCUCAGCCUAAAAGCUUCCUUUAAUCUCAAAGGCCAUAGGCAGUGAUUUUUAAAAUGUGGUUGAUUAGAGUCUGCCAUGCACUUGCUAAGCUAGUCUUUUUAGGCAUUAACAUUUAUUACCACAUUCAUAUUUUUUGUUGUUGUUGAGGUAUGACAAAUAUUAGUAAUCCAAUAUUUGUAUAUGCUGCACAGUGGUCACCAUAGUAAGUAGUUUCCCCCAUCAUCAUAUAAAGUCACAUAGUGUGUCAUAUAGUAUGACUACCUAUAGUCACCAUGCUGACCAUCCUAUCCCCACGACUUAUUUAAUGACUGGAAGUUUAUUGAUUGCCUUUUCCCAUUUCACCUACUCCCCAACCCGCUGCCUCUUUGACAGCUACCAAUCUGUUAUCUGCAUCUCUGAGUUUUGUUUUGUUUGUACUUUUGUUUCAUGUUUUUGGAUUUAAUAUAUAAGCAAAAUCAUAUGGUAUUCCUCUGUGUCUUUGACUUAUUUAACUUAGCAUAAUGCCCACAAGGUCCAUCCAUGCUGUUGCAAAUGGAAAAAUUUCACUUUUUAAAUGGCUACUAUUCCAUUGUAUAUAUACCACAUGUUCUAUAUCCAUUUGUCCACAAAGGACAUUUUGUUGUUUCCAUAUCAUGGCCAUGGUGAAUGCUGCUGCAAUGAACAUAUGAUGCAUAUAUCUUUUUCAAUUAGUGUUUUCAUUUCCUUUGGAUAAAUACCCAGAGGUAGACUUACUGCAUCGUAUGGUUGUUCUAUUUUUAGUUUUUUUGAAGAAAUCUAUAGUUUUCCACAGGGGCUGCACCAAUUAUAGUCCCACCAACGUAUAAAAGCAUCCCCUUUUCUUCACAUCCUUGCUAGUACUUGUUAUUUCUUGUCUUUGGUACUAGCUAUUUUGACUGGUGUGAAAUAGUAUCUUAUUGUAUUUUAUGUUUCUCUGAUGAAUAGGGAUGCUGAGCAUCUUCCCAUGAGCCUGUUGGCCAUCUCUAUUUUCUUUGGGAAAAUGUUUAUUCAGAUCCUCAGCCCAUUUUUUUGUUGGUGUUAUUAGGUUGUGUGAAUUCUUUAUAUUCUUUGUUAACCCCUUAUUGGAUAUAUGAUUUGCAAAUAUAUUCUCCCAUUUAGUAGGUUGAAUUUUUAUAUUUUGUGAUGGUUUUAUUGAUUGUGCAGAAGCUUUUUAGUUUGAUGUAGUCUAAUUUAUUUUUGCUUUUGUUGCUAUUGUCUUUGGAGUCAGAUAAAAUUCACCAAGGGCUUAUCACCUAUUUUUUCUUCUACAUGUAUGAUCCAUUUUGAUGAUCCAAGUCUAUAAUACAUUUUGAGUUAAUUUUUGUGUGAGGUGUAGAAUAGUUGUCCAGUUUUUUUGCAUGUGGCUGUCUGGUUUUCCUAAUACCAUUUACUGAAGAGACUGUCCUUUCCCCCUUUCCUCCUUUGUCAUAAAUUAUAUGUACAUAUGUAAAUUAUAAACCAUAUAUGCAUGGGUUUGUUGCCAGGCUUUCUGUAUCAUUGGCCUCUGUGUCUGUUUGCCAACACCAGACUGUGUUGAGCACUACAGCUUUGUAAUAGAGUUUUAAAUCAGGAAGUAUGAUGUCUUCACAUCCAUAUUUACAUUUUUGGAAAUAACAUGUACUUCUCACUGCUAUUACCUAAAUAGAUGCCCCUCCACCCCUA